AUAGAAGACAUUGUCGGAUUUAAUAAAUAUUAUUUGUCUUAUUUCCAAAUAUGUUCUAAUAUUUUUAAUAUUGUCUGACUUUUUGGAUGUGGAAAUUAACACCUAUUUGUAAGAAAGGGAUGAACACUUAAACAAGAGUUUUGUUAGUUUGGUAUAGAGGACCAAUGAAGAAAUAAUGAACGUGUACUUGUAAUCGAAAAAUAAAUUAUAUCGAUAGCACUAUCCAAUUUGCGAUCUUUUUGAAUGCAACCCUAAUUAGUUUGAUCAUAAUCUCUAUUUGAAGGGGAAAUACAAAUAUCUUUCUUUGAAUGUUCACAAUUUGAGGAUUUUGAUUAUAUUCGUGAUUAACGGAUUGUACAGAUUAAUUUAUUAAAGAUUUAUGUGGAAAUUUGGAUGAUUAUAUUAUAUAACGGUCGUUGUAACAAACAACUGCAUGGUUGCUAUAGAGAUCGAGCGUUGCUUAUUUAAUGAUUUGUGAUUUUUUUUUGUACUGUUUUUAGGCAUAUGUUUUGUGUUAAUUAAAUAUAAUUAUUUAUAAAUAUAAAAUACAUACUUUUAUAAAAAUGAUGCAUCGCACAAUAGUUGAGGUACAAAAUGACUUAGCACGAAGCAGUGGUCAUGGUAUGGAAAUUGUUUGGGACUCCCUAUCUGGUGAACAAUCAGAAAUUUUGAAGGAGAAGAUUAAAAAUAUUUUACCUGAUGAUCAACGUCAAAAUGAAAUCGAAAAAGCGCGCAAUAAUCUUUUCCAAAAUGUUUGGGCACAGCGUAAGCAUACUAAUCGUGUCCUGCUCUCAUCUAUUAUUUAUGUAAUGGUUACUGAAGAGAGGGAUUAUGAAGUUGCUAAACACUCAACCAACUUUUCCUUUCAUCCCGUCAUACGUACUCGCAAAUGCUUAGCUUUAAAUAACAGUUCUGGCUGCUGUAUGAUAUUUAUUGAUGAACACUCUCGAAUCUAUCAGAAUUGGCAACAGUACUUAAAAAACAAUAUACUCCCUAGUGGAACCAUGAUAGCUCCAUCAAAUGGAGUUUAUACUUUAAAUAGAAAUGAUGAGGUCAACUUAGAAAUAUGCACAACACCUAAUUCGAAUUCUAUGAGGAAGCUUGAGACAGCAAUAGGUGUUGGUGGAAUAAUCUCGGGAACGGCACCACUUGCGCUCUCAAUGGUCAUGCCGAUAGCGGCACCUGUCAUGGUAACUGCAACAGUAGUAUCAUUAGCAACGAGUGCUUAUUCAGCCGUGCGGUCGGCAACGUUUUUAAAAGAUCGCUAUAAGCAUGGACAGUCCACAUCCCUUGCCGAUCGGGAAGCUAGAAGCAAGUGGUUAGGUGUAGCUGGCGGCGUCGCUGGUUUAGGAGCGUCUGGUGCUAUGAAUGCGCUAGCUUAUGCCAACUCGGCUGGCAAAGGUGUACCAUUGAUGGCAAAGGUAGCGGUUGGUGGUGCAAAUGUAACAUCGCUUGUACUCUCUGGCUCUGACAUAGUAAAUACUGUUUACGAUUUGUAUUUGAGCUAUGACGAGGGGCCAAGCAGUUUAGAUAUUUUACAGCUCACAUCGUCGUUGUUGGUUUUUACACAUUCAAUUAAUAAUUUGGCACUGGUUACUAAAAUUCCAACUCGAGGAGGUAGUGGAUCGCUUCGGAGUGCCAUUCAAAAGAAGACCAGAAAUUCAUAUGAUAAAAUUUCGAGUGAAUGUAUGAGAAUCGGUAAAAAGUUUACUAAGACCGAUCUUAUUCGGGUUGUAAAUAAUAUACCAUCCAAAGAGGCGUUUAUACAACAAAUUGGAACGUUAUUAGCACAAGCUACUGCUGGUACAGUGGUAGGUAACACGAUUAGUGAACUACCACUGUUAUUUAACUAUACGUUGGAAGGUGAAUUAAAUCCCAUACAACUCCUCGCAGCGGCCGGCUUCAAAUUUGUUCACAACAUAUUAGAUUCAAAUAGUUUCAUCGAUCUACUAGACACGAUGGCAAAUUUUAUGUGCGAGAAAAGCUUUUACCUGUUGAUGAAUUUAGCAAGAACAUUUAUGGACGAAUUCGGUGAUCCCAUUAAUGAUGUUCUACGCACUUUUAUACCUACUGAGAAGGUGCUAUAUGAAAUGUUUAUGAUGUGCGUCACAAAAUAUUCCAAUCUUACAUACGACUUCCUCGAAAAUAAGCAAAUUGAAAUUCUAACCGAACUUGAGAAAUACUUUUAUUCCUUGAAUCCAAUUGAUGACAAUAAUAAAUCAAUAAGUUGCAAAAUUUGUAAGGGAUAUUAUUAUGAAUGUACUAUAUAAUUUUUUUUGUUUGUAAUGUGACCGAUCCAUACUAGAAAAAAUAAAAUAAUGAUUUAUAAGGAAUAUUAAAAAAUAUAUAAAAUGUAUUAAAUAAAUUAAAUUUCAUUAUUUGUUUAUACAGAUAGAUAUAUUUUGAUUCAAUCCCUUUGUACUAUACCUUAAUGUUUAUGUUUUUAUAUUGCUUUUACUUUUUAUAUAUUUAUGUUGCUUUUUGUAAUUUCGCAUUUUAUAGUCUGUUUUCCUCUAGCUUUCUAUAUAUGAAGUUUGGCAGCACUGAAUUUAUUUGCGUCAAAAGUGUGUAUUGCGUGAAAAAGUGUUUGCUUUGGUGCAAAAUGUUUGGAUUCUAAUAAAAAUAUUAAAUAACAUCAUGAAAUAUAGCGUUUUUUGAUAAAAUUCUUUAAAAGCCAGUCAAACGAAAGUAAACAGACAAGUGAUUCAGCUGAUUUUCUCGAAUUGUUUAAUGUUAAUGUUGGUAAAAAUGAUAUAGUGAAUACUUAAGCUUAAUUUCAUCCCAUCAUCCUCAAACGUGCUCUCACUUUGCCUUUUUCGUCGCAUAUAACAUACUUAUAAGCUGGCCUUACUAUUUAUUUGUGUACUUGCUUGGUUUGCAUUGAAAAAAGAUGGGUCAGGUGUUUCGAUCAGGGUCAGCAUUGCUUUCACAUCGUGACGGCCAUAAAGUAUCCAAGGCCACAGAGGCACGUAUUCAAACGCUCUUUGAAAUUUUACGGGCCAAUCCAAAGGUGUCUAUCCAGACAUUGGAAAGUCUUCUGUUGCAAAUUCCGAAGAAUGAAAAUAUUCUUAUAAUACACGAUGAUUGCGGUUAUAAUAUACUUCAGCGUAGUGUGGGCCUUAAUCACAUCGACCUCACCAAGUGGUUGCUACACCGACACAGGCCAGACGUUAAUCGUAGUCCUUGUUCACUGCCAUUGCAUAUAGCCUGUUUAAAAGGGUAUGAAGAGUGUGUCGAAUUGCUCUUAAAGCAUGGUGCUCGAAUCGACACAGAUUCACGGAUGUGCUUUCCAGGUGUACACUCACACAACUGUGAAGAAAGCGGCAAGUACCAUGGAAAUUAUGAUGAUGUUGGUACUGCGCCAAACGUAUGCGAACGAGCAAAUACAAAGUUACAGAACGCCGUUUGUUAUGCUAUUGAUGGUGAUCAAAUAAGCGUACUAAAUAUAUUAGCACAAAAAAUGGAAGACCCUUGGGUACCCUUUCGGGUUAAAAAGCCACUACUACAUUUGGCUUGUGAGCGUGGUGCUUGGAAUUGUGUGCAACAAUUGGUUAUUACACGUUCAGAAGAGAUUAAUUUAAUUAAAGAUGAAUAUUAUCCCAUUCAUCAGGCUGUGUUGCAUGAAGGACGUUUUUUGGAGCUUCUGAUACAACACGGUGCCGUGACAACAGUACGCACGUGUACCCAACAAAUGACACUCCUGCACGUUGUUAUUUUUGCGGCGCGCAAAUCUGCUGAAGAUACCCUAAGUACCUUAAGAAUUUUAUUAGAGCGUGGAUGCAAAGAACUUAUCAAUGAACCGGACUCUCUAGGCAACACGCCACUUCAUGCGCUUAUCGUACGUUAUGCUUUAGAGGAAGCGCGAUAUGGCUACGACAAGUGGAGCAAAUGGGAUGUGCUACAUCUUGUCCGUUUUCUAUUACAAAGCGGUGCUAAGAGUUCAAUUAACCAAACCGGCAAUAGUGCAUUGGCAUGUGUAUUCCGACAUGUGCGUGAUUGGGAAGUAUGCUUUGAAUUGCUUAACAUGCUAAUCAAAGAAGACGGUGACCCGAAUAUUGUGGGACGUGAUGGUUCAGUACCAAUAAUGGUAUUGCUGGUUCCGUUGAUAAAUAAGGAUCAGUUGCAUCAUUUUACCCACUCUAUGAAGGUUUGCUAUUUGAACUGCAUACGUAUUUUACUGCAAUAUGGCGCCAAUCCAAAUUGCUCAUAUCGCUCAAAUUUGACACCACUUCAUGUAUUGGUAUUUACUGUUAGUGAAAACUUUACGCUUAAUUGUGAUGCACAAAAACGAACAAACUUCGAUUUUAUUAAGAACAUACUAUUAUUAUUAUUGCAACAUGGACUUGAUUGCAAUCAAACAUAUCCGCAUAUACUGCAAGCCGUAUGCGAUAUGGUACAAAAUGUGCGCAACUGCUCAGACAUGCAAUGUAUCUACGAAUUAACACUUACACUGAUCCAGUAUGGCGCUGAUCCCAACAUCGUGCUGAGUAGUCAGGCGACAACAGGCAGCGCUAUAUUUUCCAACGAAAUUGCCAGCUUUGGUGAAGCGCUCUGCAGUGGUGGCAGUAGCAAUGGCGCCGGCUCAAACAAUGGUGGGGAAGGCACAUUUCGCAACUCGUUUCGUACACACUCCCGUUACCUGCUUUUCUAUUAUAUAAUUUUGAUAACCAAAAAGGAAUUCAUACUGAACGACCCAGCACUGACAUUUACGCGAAUCAUACACUUGUUUUUCUUAACAAUGCAACAUGGACCAUUAUAUAAUUGCCUUAAAUCGUUGCACAAUUUCUACGUGGCGCAGGUGCCAAAUAAAAAGACCGAACAAUUGAUAUCUCUGAUCACUUCGUUGUAUCGUAAACCGCGUAGUCUGAAGCAAAUGGCUCGCAUUGCCAUCUAUGAGGCGGUUAAUCGCAAACUUGCUCAGAAUGUCAAUCGCCUUAAUUUACCAGUUCCACUUAAAGAAUACGUGUUGCAAUUCGAGAGAUAACAAGUGCAGUUCGCCAUGGAGUGGUUCAGAAAUGCAUUAGUAGUCGAUACAACUUCCCAAUUCCCACUUUAUACCCUUAGUCCCAUUUUCAUUACAAAAACAAUCAUUUAAUCCAGCAACGAUCUACACAAAUCAAUUGACUAAAUAUUAGUUGUUAAAGAAAACAAAAUAAUAAUUUAAGGCUUAAUGUACCUAAAAGUUAAUGUGAGCGUGAAAUGUAGAUUUUUUCGAGGGUUAUGUAAAGAGAAUAAUCAGCAAAUGUUCAAAAAUAUAUAUACAUACAUAUAUACAAAUAAGUUGAGAUGUCGAACCUGUUCUAAAAAGUUGUGAUAAGUUUUAUUAUUAUUUCAUAAUGCAUAUGUGCGCGUAUAUUAGCAAAUAUAUAAACAUUAUGUACAUAUGCUUAUGUUUUUGGAGGUAUCGAAUAAAUUCAAUUUAAUAAAAGUAUUGUUCAUACAUACAUAUAUGAAAUUAUAUAAAAUUUAUUUAAUAAAUAUUAGCACCGUUAAAUAAAGCUGCCAAUUCUAUUAAACAUUAAA